CAUUUGUUACCCCCAUUUCGAACUGCGCUUGUUGAUUGGUGUUUGCCAAAAUCCUGAGUGACCUUUUAAGUCCUGGCAACCACUGUUGGAUCAAUAGCUGGUGUUCGGUUCGGUAUCUGAUUGAUGGCCCAUUCAGUGCGCAAAGAAUGGCGAAGAAGGGAGGAGUCCAGCAGCUCCAGGCCGACCUCGCCUCGGAUGAGGAGUUCGAGAAGUUCCUGCAGCGAUCCGGAUUGCUGGUGCUCGAUAUAUACUCCGAAUGGUGCGGUCCCUGCCUCGGCAUGGUGGGCAGCCUGCGGAAGAUCAAGCUCGAGCUAGGAGGCGACAACCUGCAGCUGGCCAUCUGCAAGGCGGGCUCCAUAUCCUAUCUGCAGCGAUUCAACAAGAAGAGCGAGCCCACCUGGAUGUUCGUCACGAGCGGCAAGGCCAUCAACAUCAUGUUCGGCACGGAUGUGCCCAAGCUGGUGGCCAUGAUCACCCGAAUGCUGCAGUCGACGAUGGCCAAGGAAACGCAUCUGAGCUACGAGAUCACCGAGCUCCAGCCGAUCGAGCUGGAGCAGCUGGAGGUGCGCAACAAGGCGCUGCGCCUGGCCGAGGAGAUCGAGCUGGCGGAGAGCCGUCGGAAGCGUCUGGAGUACCUUCACAGCGUCACCGACUGCAUCAUGGCCAACCUGCCGGACAUCGGGAUCACGGUCUUCGGGCCACAGGUUAAUCGCGACAUGUUCAAGAAGCUCUCGGAGCCGGCUGAUCCGCUCAAGAUUCAGUGCAAGGACCGCAAGGUCUUUCCCAUUCUGCCCAGCGACAUCGCCACCGUCAACUUCGCUGCGGAAAAUCCACUGGCUCCGGAGGUCAUCGAGCAGCUCUACGACAAGGAGCUGCUGAUGUGCUUCUGGAAGGUGGAGGAGGUGCUCGGCACGCCACCGACCGUGCUCCGCAAAUAUGCCCACGAGCUGACCAAGGAGACCAUCAAGCCGCCGGACGAGUUCAACGAGGAGGAGAUCACCGUGCCGCCCAUGAUUGUGCCGCUGGAGGUGACCGUGGAGAUAUCUGAGCCAGAGCCAUCAACGGAGGAUUGCCAGGUGCAGCCGGACGCAGUGCAGCUGGCCGAGAUAAGGAGCGAAAAUGUAGCGGAGGGCGAUGAAGAGACGGAGACAGAGGCGGAGGCAGGGGCUGCACCAGAGGCAGUUCCUGCGGCCGAAACUGCUCCGGUUGCAGCUAAGAGAACCAAGACUAUUCGGAUACCGCCGAUUUGGGUGCCCAGUGACCAGCGCACCCAUGCAGCGCUCAUCUACACGUACUUCCGUGCCCAGACCUCGACCUUCCUUCCGCCGGAUCCCGUGCCGGAGCCACCGCACAUCGUGAUGAUCUUCGACGCCUACAAGAAGAAGGAUCUGGCCAUUCUGCUCGAGACGUGUCGCGAGGACAUUCCGCUCUACGGCUUCUUCAACGGCGACAAUCCGCUGACGGCGCAGUUCAUAGCCAACUCCGUGGAUAAGUACAAUGCCAAGCCGUACGUUCCUACCGACAAGAUUGUGCUGAAGGUGAACAAGCUGAGCAGUCCGACCAUUCCCACGCUGAUGGCCUACGGUCCCAGCUAUGUCAGCGCCAACUCGGUGGUGGGCCACCAGGAGGCCACCCAGUUCUUUCCCGCCAACUACAAGUCUGCGCUGCAGGAGGAGGAGGAACUGCACGCCGUCAAGGCGGAGAAGCCCAAGAAGCGCAAGAAGAAUAAGAAGAGAGGCGAUCCCGAGGAGAGCGGCAAGGCGGACGCCGGACCGGCGGAUGCCCAGAUGGAGGCGGAAGAAGCGGUGAAGACCUCGCCGGAGGAAGGCGCCUCCACCACGAGCAGUGGCGAGGACAGCUGCGAGAGUCGUCCUGCCACAGCCGAUGGCGCCAAUCCCGACGCUUCGCAGGCCACUUAG